UAUUUUCUUGAAUAAUAUUCAUAGUAAUAUAAACUCAUCAAUUAUUUUUCACAAGAUUUUCAAUAGGAUGAAUGUAACAAGUGAUGAUUACUCUACAAAGCAAUCUUUGAAUAACAAAGAUGACCUAUUUCUUCCCACAGGCACAACUAGCAGUCAAGAUGCUUUAUACAGAAUUGCAUUUUUGACAGCUAUUGCAAUUUUUCAGCUUCCAUUUGAGAGGAUAAAAGAAGAUUUAGUACCAACUGUGAUAUUCACAAGAAAGCCUCUUCUCUUUCAAGGAUUUGUUGUUUCUCUCAUGUUUGCAUUCUCAGGUUCGAUGGCGUCGGAAUCCAUGAAGGAAAAACAGCCAAAGAUGGCAUUAUUAUGUCACAAGCUGGCUAUAUUUUCAGUAGCAGUUGCAGGGGGAGUAUUUGCCUUGUCGAGUCUACUGUCAUAUUACAAUAUUGAGAUGGUGGAUGCUUUAGGUAACCCAAUCACUAGUGCCUGAUGUUGUGCAAACGCCGAGUUCUAUGAACUCGUUGUACGAAUAAAGUCUGCAUGCACUCUAUCCUUCUCACGAGGCAAUGUUGUUGAAUAUAAAAUAUAUGAUCUGCUUGAAUA